GCACGUACUAAGUCAUUCACUACAGUUCAUCGGUCCGCACCCGAUGGCGACGCGGCACAUAAAACAAAGAAGAAAAUCCGUACUCCCCAACAACAGCAUGGUCAUUGCGCAACGAAACGUAACGACUCGGACAAAGCCUAAGAAAAGGAUCGAGAACAAUGACGAUUUGUUGGCCAAUGCUGGGCAAUCCAUCGCCAUAAAGCAAUGCGUAGUCCUGGUAUCGGAUGUGAUGCGAGAAAAUUUGAUAGAAGCGCCUCACCCACACAGACGGCAUUCACAAAAAUACGGAACGCAUGCCAGGCUAGAAAUGGAAGGAUUAGUUCCGAUACGACCAUCGACUGGAAGGUCGAAGCGCAAACACACGAUCACCACGUCGGUGGUUGACUCAGUUGUAUCGCCUCCGAAGAAGUCUUUAAUCAGCGAUGCGUCGGUUGUGGAACUAACGGAAGCAUCAAAAUUACCCAGUGAAACACAACAAAAUUCCAUCGUGGCAAAAGCCAAACCAACUCGGAUGAAGGGAAAGAAUCCUUUUAAAAUAAUAACGCUUUCUGUGAGACGAGUUGCACCAUCUCUGACGGAAAAGGGGCUACAAACACUGCACCAUCCCAUAAACUCGGUGAGAGAAAGUGAAACAAGCCAUUCCGCUGUUGACUCGGGUACCCGAAUAAACAGGCGAGCAACAAUCGCUUCCAAAUCGAGUGUACCGCCAGAAACCGACCUAGAACCACCCCGUAGCACUGUAAAUUCUGUCACGAACGACGAGGAAACCUCACAUCGCAACGACCCACCAGCGGUGGCGAAGGUGACAAAGCGGUUCAACUCCUCCCUCAGGAAUGCUGCUCGACGCGAAGAGUUUGGAAAAGUUCCUAGCUUGCCACUUGUGGAGGAGGACGAAGACGAGCAUGAUGUGUACGAUUUCCUCUCGUCCAGUCAAGUUGGCCAAGCGGAUGAUACGACAAGUGGUGCGAAAAACGGAACCUCUCGAAUGAAGCAAGCAAAAAAAAAGAAGGAAAAAUCGGCCAAGCCUUCUCGCAAAAAGCCCGAUGUGACUCGUCCGACAAAGAAGAAACAGCCCAAUCCAUUGGGAACCAAUGCACGGUACAUAGCGCAACUGGUGAAAAAGAUCGGUGGGGGGCCGGUUAAAGCGCACCCCGAACCGGAUGGAUACGUCGUUAACCUGCACCUUCCGGAGUCCCCCCCUCAGGAAGUUGUUAUACCUGCUUCUCCUGUUCGGCAAGCAGAUCCAGUUUCGACCGUUUUUCUACGGCCUUCGUCUCCCAAGCGCGCGUUAAAUCCAGCAGUAGAGCGGCUUAGGCAUUCAUCUACGGCUCAACUCGCAACAUCCACUCCAAUCACUGGUGACAUUAACUGCCUGGCGACGACAUCGAGUAUUUCACAGACGAACGAUGGGUCGCCGUGGCGAACGCAGGACCAAGACAUUGUGCCUCUACGAAGCGGAUACGUUUCACGCAAUCGUGAUCUGCUACCGUCGUAUGAAAAUGACACAACUACUUCCCCGGUCCGCUACGUAACCGAACGGCGAAAGACCAACCGACAACAGUCUACGGGGAAAAAGACUUCCCUUGCUAGCCCGGCCCAGAACCUGGAGGAUCGGGACGAGUCACUAUCGUCAUACAUCGCCGAGGUGGAACGAGUGCACAGCGAACUGAAGGCGAUCAGCGCAAUGAGCGAGAGGCUGAUCGGUGUGAUGCGCAUGUACGAGAACAAGACGGACGAAAGAAAUAUCUCGGAAGCACGGCAAAAACUGCGAAAAUGGUACACCCGGUCGAUGCAAUCGUUUAACCGCUCCAAAAACAUUGUAAGCCGGAUCAUUAGCUGCCCAUCUCCUCUUUCUCACGAGCAGCAGAAAACGGUAGAAACGUUCAACCAAAGCACCGGCAAGUUCCACUCAAUGCUGGAAGAGCUGCGCGAUGCGACGAAUCAUUCGAAUGGUGAAAAUGUGUCUCCACCUGGCCAGGCGUUGCCGGUCGGAACGGCCGACGCGCUCCCGAAACCAUCGAAAGCUCCAGCCGAUGUUAUUGAGCUUCCAGAGCGUGGUCACAUAACGGUGAGAAAUCCACUGAAGCAGUUAAAUUUCUUACCGUUACCGCAGCCCAACAGUCCGCUCUUGUCCCCACUGGCGAAAACACAAACCACCCGUACGAUUCCUCUUCGGCGGGGGUUGCAAUUCGAAACGACGCCCUUUUCGGGAGGAACUCGACCGUCGGAAAAGCACGUGAUGGAAAACGAUGAGAACGAGCCUUCAGUGAUGGAUGAUCAUCAUGAUGCGAGUGAUCCCCCUGAACCGAUCGAUGCCAUACCGCUAGACGCGUUGCCCCCAUUGGCAAGCAUCGUGCAGUCACCUGCAAAGGAUAGUAUUUCAAACAUGUUCGGUUUCUCAGAUGAUUCCUUCGACCAACGUUCGAUUGCGGCGCCAGAGUCCAAAGCGCUCAAUGUUUCGAUCGAAACACUUAAGAAACGCAUGAAUAAUAUCAAGCAGCUUCUGCCCGAGCAACGAAUCACCCGACGACAGCGUGCAGCAGUCGUAAAACCGAGCGGACCAACGCGGUUCCCCUCCGUGGGUACGUUGCGUGUUUUUGCCAGUCCUUCAAAAGGGCCUCAAACUUUAAAUGGCUUUGCGGCAUCAACACCCCGGGUAGCUGUUCAAGAGACUUCUAUCGAGAACCGUUCGGAAGCGCAGGUUUCGCUUCCGAUUCCAAUGGACAAAUUGAGUGAAACGCUGAAAAAUCGCUUGAACGACAUGGCGCAACAGCCCGGCUCGCCCGGAUCACCGUUCUUCCGGCAGCGUCCACUCGAACGACCAUUAAAUCGUAAGACAUUCCGAAGUCCCGGAAAGUGUCCGGCAGCUUCGUCUACCUUGCAAACUUCAACACCGCGUCCACCCGAAGUGAUGGGACCAAAACCGGGCAGUUCUCGUGACGCAGCAGCACCUGCCGCAGCAAGCGACGAUCACGAACCACCAAACGUAUCGGCAAUCGAAACGAAUGAAGCACAACCGGAGUCAGAAAACAAUCGAAACAAUGAGACCCCUUCAGUCGUUCUUUUCGAGGCACUUGACGACGGAUUUGAUCGUUCAACGCUUCAGCGAACGUACACACGGAUACCGCGCCGGAGACGUGCAAAGAAUAUUUACCUCGCCAACCUCGGGCUGGACGACGAUGACGACGACUCGGAUGCGGAGCAUGGGUGCGUGCUAAGCUCGGACUCAGAGGCAGAAACCGAAGGCAAAAAGAAAAAGAAACAGCAACGCAAGGCCCGAAAGAAGAAGCCGGUGGAAGAGACAGAGGAGUUCAAAAACUUUGUUGAAGAGUUCAACAGCAUGUGCGAAGAUGUGGAGCGCUUCGAAGUGAUUAUCGAAUGAUAACCGCACACCGGAUACGCGACCUUACGAUUAGUCAACCUUCCUUUCUACGAUACCCAUGGGUCACCAGCACAAAUCCUUGACCAUUAUUUCCGGUCGGCCGCGCUUGGUGUGGUUUUUCUUUCUGAAACUGUUUUUUUUACAAUAUUUUACUUACUAACUGUAUGAGGGAUGCGCUAUUUCUACAGGACGUAAUGCGCUAGAACCUAUAGAAAUCAAUCCUUGAAGGAUACUUCGCAUCUUUUUGCUAUUAUUCAGACGAACGAUGUAAAUUACAAAAUAAAUAUGGAGGUAUAUUUUGAGCUAACAAAAUUUGCGAUACUUUUGAAUAAAUGUAUGUCUACUCACCCAAUUGAGGUCAAAACGGUGCAAUCGCGGAAAGGCAUUCGAAAUCAACGCACGGUUUUCACCGCUACUGUCGUUCUUCGUCGUUUUUUAUUCUUUUGUUUUACACUACAUUUGCUUCACUUGUUAAUAGGUUCACUAUCAAUUACA